AUGCGCUCACUUCUCAUCGCGACGACGCUGUCGCUCACAGCUUUGACCAAGGCCCAGAACACCACCAGUGCCGCCUCGGCCUCACCGUCCAGCACAGCGAGCUAUGUGAAUCCAGACGUGCCCACCGGUGUGCCAAUCGUGGGCGACUAUGGCGGUCAGUAUCGUCCUCAGGCACACUUCUCCCCGCCAGAGUACUUUAUGAACGACCCGAAUGGCAUGUUCCUCGACGACAACGGGACCUGGCAUUUGUAUUACCAGUACAACCCCACUGAUCCUGUGGCCGGGAACCAACAUUGGGGCCAUGCCACUUCGAAAGAUCUGUACCAUUGGGAGAACCAACCGAUUGCCCUCUUCCCGCCGGCCAACGACACCUUUGUCUUCUCGGGCAGCGCGGUGACUGACCCAAACAACACCUCUGGCUUCUUUCCCAACCAGACGAAUGGCGUCGUGGCUGUUUACACCCUGGCCCAAUACUUCCCCACGGAACCAGGCCCCCAGACACAGGCCAUUGCCUACUCGCUCGACGGCGGCUACAGCUUCGUCCCGUACGAGGGAAACCCGGUGAUCCCAAGCGAGUCGUCGCAGUUCCGCGACCCCAAGGUGAUCUGGUACGAGGACCACUGGGUCAUGUCCAUCGCCUAUACGCAAGAAUUUGCCAUUGGCAUCUUCACCUCGCCCGACCUCAAGGAGUGGACCGCGGCGAGCAAUUUUACGCACCACGGCCUCAUUGGCCUCCAGUACGAGUGCCCGAACAUGAUCCGGAUGCCGUACAUGGACGAAGACGGCGAGCGCCAGGACGACAUGUGGCUCAUGUACGUCAGCAUCAACCCCGGCGCACCCGUCGGCGGGUCCAUCGGGCAGUACUUCCCCGGCACGUUCAACGGCACGCACUUUGAGGCCGUCGAUGCUGUCGCCCGCAUCGCCGACUUUGGCAAGGACAACUACGCGGGGCAGUUCUUCUACGGCCUUCCCGAAGAGGAGCUCCCCGUGUCCAUCGCCUGGGCUUCGAAUUGGCAAUACACCAACCUGGUCCCCACGGCAGAUGAGGGCUGGCGCAGCGCCAUGAGCCUGCCUAGGAGGAACUACCUCACCAAGACGAAGCGUAUCGGCUGGAAGCUCAUCUCGGAGCCGUACGAUCUGUCACCAGUCCUCGGGCGGGAGCUCGCCGCCAACGAGACAAUGGGCAACGGGUCGACCACGGUGGACUUUUCCCAGGUCGAGUCGAACGCGGUGUACUGGGAGGCGAACGUGACCGGCAUACCCGACUCGGGCAUCCCUGGCUCAGCGACGCUCAACUUCACAUUUGUGAGCCCACAGUCGGGCGAGUUUGUGCGAGGGGGCUACUACUUUGGCGGCGACAACCCGUUCUUUGUCGAUCGAGGCGGUGCCCAGGGUUUCGACAAUGUCUUCUUCACGGACAAGUUCUCGACCAACAGCCUGAUCGAGGGCGACAGCUGGUCCAUGAGCGGCAUCAUGGAUCGGUCCAUUCUCGAGGUGUUUGUGAACGGGGGCGUGGACAGCGCGACAAACACAUUCUUUACGACACAGCCCCUGACGCAUCUGAUCGUGUCAGCGGGCGAUCUGGUCGAGGGUAUGGAGGUGAGCUUGCGGGUCCAUGCCCUGGAGAGUGCAUGGGCGUCGAUGGCUGAUGAGGAUGAUGGUCUUGUAUAUGGUAACCAGACGUCCCGUAUGGGACAGGAGGACAUGCGGCGUUUCCUGGGCGCGGUCUGA